GAGUCAUCUAUCAUUAUUCUUAUGUCAUAAAAAUGUGUGGUUACGAAUUGUUUUAAUAGAAUUCUUUUAUUAAAAAGUUAAUAUAAAUAAAAUGUAAAUAAAUAUUAAAUACUCGUCAAAUAAAGAUGUUUAAAAUUACAAAUGCAUUUCUACGAGGCAAUAGAAAUAACGGUUUGGUAAGGUUAAAUUUAUUAUCCUCGUCGUCGUCGCCUCAAUUGAAAAAACCCAAUACUACAUCCGCGUUUUCGGAAAAUGAAGAUACCGAACAAUCAAACAAACUUUCAAAUAGAUCAAUGGUGGCAGCAGCUUUCGCAUCUUUAAAUUCAAUGGAAAACAAUUCGGAUAUUAAAACCCCCCAAACUGACGUUAAACUUUCAAACGCUACCAAUAUCGAAGAACUGCUAUCGAUAUCUGAAGGUACCGGAAUAUCCAGAAGAUACGCGUUAAAAGUCGUUUCGAUAUUAUCCGAUUGGUCGGCUACGGGUAAAGUGAACAUAUCCGACUUCGAAUCGGAUCCGAGAUUCAUUAAAUUAUGUCGGAUUUUAACCAAAUCAAAUCAAUUAACGAAAAAUAUUAAAAACGGUUCACGUAGCGAAGAUUUAUCCACUGUCCUAAGCGUCACGGCAGACGACGAAGCCGCAAAAAUGGUCGCCAACAUCACUUUAGCGCAAAUGGUUAAAGUUAUGUCAACUUUAUCUCAAAAGAAACGCCGAUCGACGUUGUUGUUACGAUCGUUAUCUUAUAAUAUAACGAGAAGUACGGAUCAAUUGGAUUUGAAACAGUGCAGCGACUUACUUUAUUCGAUGGCGACGUUGAAUUUCAUCGACGAUAAUUUGUUAUCGAGGGUAGCGGGCGACGUUGCAGUCGAAUUGGAAAAGGAGAUCAAGAAGAGUUCGUUGAUCGGUUCGAUAUUGACCAGUAUGGGACUUUUGAAGUACAAAAAUCCAGCUUUAUUGGAUAGUUUGAGUGAAUGGAUAUUGAAAAAUCAGAGUUUGUGUCGUCCGCAGGAUGUUUUUAGUUGGUUGAUGACUUUGGCUGUAUUAAAUUAUAAACCUCAUAAUUGGGAGAAGAUGUUUCAGGUAUUAUCACCUCAUAUAACAAUUUCGGAAGCGGGAAAACCAUCGGUUUGGUUGGACAUCGUUUGGUCUCUAGUUUUACUCGACCAAGCGACCGAAAAUCAAAUCUCCACAGUACUCGACGAGUCUUUUUUAAAACAAUUAGAACCCGUCAACUUAUCGACGAAAUUGAAAUUGAUAAACGUCGAUGCAGCGGCAGAAUAUCUCUUCAAAAAAUACGAGGGUAGUAGGAUAUCUUCGAAUUCGAUUAUAAGAGAUAUAACUCUAGCCCCGGCUAGAGAUAAAAACGAAAUGGUAAUAGCCGUUUUGGAUACGUUAAAAAAUUUGAUAAGUUCGGAUAAAUUGGUAAAGACGCGCGUCGAUACCGGAUGCGGUUUUUUUAUCGAUGCGGAGUUCGUUUUAGACAAAAAUUGUACCCCCCUACCCUUCGAACAGGCUAAAAUGAAUAAAAACGCUACAAGAGUGGCUCUACUGAUUUUCGAUUAUCACGAUAUGUGUAGAGGUAAAAUAUCCCCUACCGGUACUAAUGAUUUCGCUAUACGAUUAUUAGAUACGAGGGGAUACAAAAUUUUAACAGUACCAUUUACCGAAUUUAAAUCUAGGGAUAAACUAGUGCAUCGAGCGCAGUAUUUGGAAGCCAAACUUAAAGAAAUUGUUAAUUGAAUUGAAAAAAAAAUGUUUAUUAGUUGUGCUUAAAUAAAAGUUUUCAUAAAU